UUCUCGGACGCUGAGAUUAGACAGAAAUGUUGUCCUGUUGUUAAAAUUACGCGGGUUACCUUGCUGUAUUAAUUAACAGCGAUACCCGACUAAAUAACGUGUGUACUGUCGCUUUAAAUCCCCUUGGCUGGUGUGUUCUCCAUUGAUCAAUCCACCAUUUUCCAACAGCAGAAGCGGUGGUAGCGCUGAGAUACCCCUACCUGGAGACACCAGGACCCGGGGCAGACAUGGCUGCGAAUAUGUACCGGGUCGGAGAUUAUGUCUACUUUGAAAAUUCAUCAAGUAAUCCAUUUUUAAUAAGGAGGAUAGAGGAACUGAAUAAGACAGCUAAUGGAAACGUGGAAGCAAAGGUUGUGUGCUUCUAUAGAAGGAGGGAUAUCUCAAGUACCCUCAUCGCACUGGCAGACAAACAUGCAAGGGAGAUGGAGGAGGAGAUGGAGAACCCAGAAAUAGUGGACCUUCCUGAAAAACAGAAGCACCAGCUCAGACACAGAGAGCUGUUUCUGUCCCGGCAGCUGGAAUCAUUACCAGCCACACACAUCAGGGGUAAAUGCUGUGUUACACUAUUAAAUGAAACCGAGGCUCUAAAGUCAUAUCUGGAAAGGGAGGAUGUGUUUUUUUAUUCCCUUGUGUAUGACCCCCAGCAGAAAACCCUCCUUGCAGAUAAAGGGGAAAUCAGGGUGGGAAACAAAUACCAAGCAGAUAUCACAGACCUUUUAAAAGAAGGUGAAGAUGAUGGAAGAGACCAAUCAAAACUUGAAAUAAAAGUCUGGGAUCCAAACAGCCCCCUGACAGACAAACAGAUAGAUCAGUUCUUGGUGGUGGCACGCUCUGUUGGUACUUUUGCCAGAGCGCUUGACUGUAGCAGCUCCAUCAGACAGCCCAGCUUGCACAUGAGUGCUGCUGCUGCCUCAAGGGACAUCACCCUGUUCCACGCCAUGGACACCCUGUACAAGAAUGCCUAUGACAUUUCAAAGGCAAUUUCAGCCCUUGUGCCCCAGGGAGGGCCUGUUCUGUGCCGAGAUGAGAUGGAAGAGUGGUCGGCGUCGGAGGCAAACCUCUUCGAAGAAGCCCUGGAGAAGUACGGCAAGGACUUCACAGACAUCCAGCAGGACUUUUUGCCAUGGAAGUCAUUAACAAGCAUAAUUGAAUACUAUUACAUGUGGAAAACCACUGACAGAUAUGUACAACAGAAACGAUUAAAAGCAGCAGAGGCAGAAAGCAAACUCAAACAGGUCUACAUCCCGAACUAUAACAAGCCAAACCCUAACCAGCUGAAUGUGAAUAACGUGAAGCCAAACCCUAACCAGGGCCUGGUGAAUGGAGCUGGAUCUGGUGCUGGUGUUGGUGCCGGAGCUGGAGCUAGUGUUGGAGUCGGAGCUGGUGCCGGAGUUGGUGCUGGUGCCGGAACUGGAACCGGUGUUGGAGCAGGAGCAGUGGCAGGGGAGCCCGGACAGAGCACAGGAGCGGGGCGAGCUUGCGAGAGCUGUUACACCACUUACUCUUACCAGUGGUACUCCUGGGGACCCCCUAACAUGCAGUGCCGGCUGUGCGCCUCCUGCUGGACCUACUGGAAGAAGUAUGGAGGCCUGAGGAUGCCAACGCGGUUAGACGGGGAGCGGCCAGGACCCAACCGCAACAACAUGAGCCCCCAUGGACUACCCAUGAGGCACAGCGGGAGCCCCAAGUUUGCUGUAAAGACACGGCAGGCUUUCUACCUACAAACCACCAAUCUCACCAAAGUUGCCCGUCGGCUGUGCCGAGAUAUCCUUCGGCCUCAGUUCCUGGGACGGCAUCCUUACACAGCGGUGAACAGCGCUGCUAUCAAAGCAGAGUUCACAACCAGGCUGUCGGAGAUACCCGAGAACCCUUUGACAGUUAAACAAACUGUCCGAAAACCUUUGGAAUCUGUUGUGCGGUAUUUGGAGGCACACCCCAGCCCUAAACCAGACCCACCCAGGAGUGCCACCAUCUCCAUGGGUAGUCUGACUCCCAUUAAAUCCAGCCCCAUCCUCAACAACGGCUCUCCAACCAUCCUGGGGAAGAGGAGUUACGAGCAGCACAAUGGCAUGGACGGCAACUUGAAGAAGCGUCUGUUGCUGUCCAGCAGGGGUAUACCUAACCAUGGACAAACCAGACAGAUGGGCCCAAGCCAAAAGUUGCGCCUCAGUGGGAAAUUCUGUCCAGCAAGCGGGCGACUGAUCCGGGGCGGCUGCCUGGCUCCCGCCAAGAGGAGGACAGUGAACUGGAUUGAUGCCCCAGGCGACCUUCUCUUCAUGGCCACUAAAGAGACAAGAAAAAUACGAAUGCUUUUUUCAUCCUCUGAGACCAAGCGAGCCGCCAGGCGACCCAACAAAUCAAUCGCUGUUAAGCCGAGCCAGCCCGCCCAAUCACAUAGACUGCCUGCCAAUGACGAAUUAAUAGUAAUCGAGGACUAAAACUCAGAUCUGCCCAAUUUUAAAAGAUUGUCCAUUUUGGGGCUUUUUGUGUUUUUGUGUGGUUGUUUUUUUUUUUUGUUUGUUUUUUCCCCCUAACCCUUUCUGGUGAAAUAUUGUGGAUCAAUGAAGGAACAUUGAGUUUCAUGAAAACAGUGUUUAUGUACCCAGAAAUGGGGUGAAGGAUGUUUACUUUGUAAAAUAAGCUGUGUGUAUCAUUUUUAACAAGAUAUAAAAAGAAAAAAAAAACUAAGUGCAGUGAUAUUAACUGCUUUGUUUUUUGCUUAUCGUAGCUCUGUACUGUUUCCCCCUCUCUUUUUUUUAAAGCUGAUUGUUUAUUCUGUUUUGUGAACAGACUCUCAAGAUCCCCUUUCCAGAAAUGCCAGUUUAACUUAUUGAGAGAGAUUAUUGACUGUGCUGUUUUUUGUACUUUCUUAACUGACACAUGUGGUCUUGAAUUAUAUAAUUAAGGAUAUCAA